GUCAGUACUCCUCCGAGCUACAUGUGCUUCAAAAAGUUCUCUGUAGACAAACUCUUCCUCAGCGGCAAACUUUUUCCUCCUGUCUUCAAAAACUUCGCCAAAUAAACAAAGGAAAAAAUUCCCAAACUAUGUUGAGUACCACUUCAGAAUUGAAGUUUUUUCACUUCUUGGUGUUUCUGCUUGUACUUUUAUUUGCCCGAGCGAUGAUGUCCCCGGAACUUUUUCUGUUGGGGGACAAGAAUGAUUCUUCGUUGGGGUUCCACCAUUACCCGAUAGGGCUGAGGGGUCUCAGAGCCGGACAUCCGGCAGAGGGUUGCAAGUGCCAUCGAGAUCCCAUCUUACCUGAAGAGAUUGUUUGCGUCUGUAGAGGACCAAGGGUCAAGGAUUUUAAAGCCAAUCUGACCAGAGGGUUAACUCGGCUAUCUCUUGAAUCUGUGUCCUUAACAGUUCUCAAGGAAGGGUUUUUCCAGCCACACAAGGAUACUUUAAGAGACAUCGUUUUAUAUGGAAUGAAAGAAUUGACUGAAAUAGAAGAUGGUACCUUUUAUGAUCUUCAUCUUUUACGAACUAUAUCUAUAAAACAAGCACCAAAACUAAAAAGAAUUCAAGACGCAGUUUUCAACUGUUUCCUUCCGAAUUUAAAAAUUGUAAGAAUCGUUCAAUCAGGUCUUGAGUCUGUGCCAAGCCUUCAGUUUGUUGAAACGAAAAGCAUUAUUUACAUAGUAGACCUAGACAGCAAUAAGAUAAGAAGCUUACCGACGGAAGCAGUAAAAAUGAAAACCGAAACACUGUAAGCAUCAACAAUAUUACUAAAACUUAUUAUCUUAUUACUUAUUAUUUUACAUUAUAGCAGCUCAAGAAUUUCUCUUUAGAUGUU